ACAGAGGUACGGGGGGCCGAGGUGGACUGAGCCCGCUCCCUCCCCUGCUGCGGCGCGGAGGCAGCCGCGGCCCCGCCGGGGCUGGGGGUGUCCGGGGCGGGAGGCGGUGGCAGCCCAGACAGCGUGGGGGGCGCCUCGUUAAGGCCUCGGCUGGAGAUGGGCUCCGCGGCGUCAGGUAGAUUCAGGCAGACCUUGGGAAUCAGGUAAUCUUGGCCAGGACUCGGGAGCGAUGUCACAACUCCUCUACCGUGCUCUAGUGUCUGCAAAAUGGCUUUCAGAAGCCAUCAAGUCCCAGCAGCCCAGCCUGGCCUUGAGAAUCGUGGAUGCAUCCUGGUAUUUGCCGAAGAUGAAGCGGGACCCGAAGCGGGAAUUUGAGGAGCGCCAUAUCCCUGGUGCAGUUUUCUUUGACAUUGACCAGUGCAGCGACCGUACUUCACCUUACGAUCACAUGCUGCCCAGGGCUGAUGACUUUGCUGAGUACGUGGGGAAGCUUGGCGUGGGAAAUGAUUCCCAUGUUGUGGUGUAUGACGGCAGCGACCAAGGUCUCUUCUCAGCGCCCCGGGUAUGGUGGAUGUUCCGGGCCUUUGGACACGAAGCUGUAUCCCUUCUGGAUGGUGGCCUGAAGAACUGGCAGCGAGAAGGGAACGCGCUGAGCUCUGGGAAGAGCCAGGUAGCUCCCGCUGAGUUCCACGCCUCCUUGGACAAGUCGCUGGUGAAAACAUACGAGGACGUCUUAGAUAACUUGGAUUCCCACCGCUUCCAGCUAGUGGAUGCACGCGCUGCAGGACGGUUCCAGGGAGUAGAGCCAGAGCCCCGAGAUGGAAUCGAGCCUGGUCAUGUCCCCGGAUCGACGAACAUCCCCUUCACUGAUUUCCUCACAGAGUCUGGCUUAGAGAAGACCCCUGAACAGAUCCGCAGCCUGUUCCAGGAGAAGAAGGUGGACCUCUUAAAGCCAGUGGUAGCCACAUGUGGCUCUGGGGUCACUGCCUGCCAUGUGGCUCUGGGAGCAUUCCUCUGUGGCAAACCAGAUGUUGCUGUGUAUGAUGGGGCCUGGGUGGAAUGGUACAUGCGGGCGCAGCCUGAAAAUAUUAUUUCUGAGGGAAAGGGGAAGACGGUGUAAUAAGUUGCUUCGUCUCCUACCUGUGCAGAUAAUUUGCCUUGAAACAGGAUUUGGACAAGAUGGAUUUAGCAUUCCUGGUUAAGGGUUGUGAGGUGAAGGUGUUGGAUGACAACUAAGGGCACAUGGUACUUCAGCACUUUCUCCUUACUCCUGCUGCUGCUUAGGAUCAUAAAGAUGACCUGGGCAGCCAGCUCUAGAUGAUCCUGCAUGAGCAGGUGGAGUGAACCACAUCAUAGAAUCAUAGAAUCAUUUUGGUUGGAAGAGACCCUCAAGAUCGAGUCCAACCAUAAUGUAAAUCUAGCACUAAAUCAUGUCCCUAAGAAUCUCAUCUAUACGUCUUUUAAAUACCUCCAGGGAUGGUGACUCUACCACUUCCCUGGGCAUCCUGUUCCACUGCUUCACAACCUUUUCCAUGAAGAAAUGUUUCCUAAUAUCCAAUCUGAACCUUUUCUGGCACAACUUGAGGCCAUUUCUUCUCAUCCUACCACUUGCUUCUUGGGAGAAGAGACCAACACCCUCCGUGCUACAACCUUUCAGAUGACUUCCCGAGGUCACUUCCAACCUUAGCCAUUCUGUGAUUCUGUGAUCUUUUUACCAUAUCAGAUGGAAGGGAGAGAGUGCUGGUGGCAGCAUGGGGAAGUAAUUGAGUCAAGCCAACCUCAUGACUCAGGACGUUCCACCAUGUUCACUCACAGGAUGGUCAGACUGGUAUAACUGUGCCUCAUGAUCCAGCUCUCUGCCUCUCUCCUAGAAACCGUGCACUUUAUGGCCACUUUAAGUGCAAAACUUUGAGGAAAGACAUAGCUCUUAUAGGAGAAAAUAUGGCUUCUUAGGUGGGCACUUGGGUUAGAGACUUGGUUUGGAUUUCUUCUUGCACUCAGACUCUAACCUGUUUGGUACCCCCAUGGUUCAAAAUUCCCCUUGGGGGAUGGGGAAAAAAAAAAGAUUAUGGGAUUGAAAAAGGGUAAAUAAACAUGUGUUUCAAGGACUUUCUACUGAA